AUGGGCAAGAAAUAUAAAACUCCAAAAAGUCCCAAGAGCCCGAAAAAAGGCCACCAAGCUGAUAUGGCCGAGGGUGAGGGCAUAUCGACGGCUCCUGCCACACAAACCAGUGCAGCUGCCUCAACUGCGGCCGCAGCCACUAUGGAAGCAACAACAACAAACGCAGCGCUGGCACUCUCUGCGACACCAGCAGCGGCAAGCAUCAACGAAACGAUUAGUGUGACCCUCCCCCACCAAACACAAAGGGGUAAGAGGAAGCAUCACAGCGACACGUCUGCAGCUACGUCAAGCGCCAACAACAGUGGCAGCGACGGCAGCAGCAGUGACGACGGAAUGAUCAGCGACGGCCUCCACAACGGAAGCAACGAUGGCAUCCACUACGAAAGCGACAACAACAACAACAAUGCCGUUCCGAAAACCAACAACAGCAGCAACGGCUGCACCAGCUGCAUCGACAACAACAACAACACGGACAAAGUCCUCAUCGAUAAGGAGGAGCUACUCAGCCUCCGCACGGAGAUCUACCUACUGCGCCAACGUCUGGCAAACGUGGAAAGAGGCUCCAAUAUAAAACAGCAGCUGGCUAGCCUGGGGCUAGCUGGCAACAUCCAGCAAUUCGAAGGCAACAAGUUUGCACCACUCUUCGAAGAUGACCACGAAGAAGACGACGAAAUGUCUGAAGCCAAUGAAGACAUUUGCAACUAUGACGCCGAAUUCCCAACACUUAUGGAGUCCAUGGAUGUCGACGACGAUGGAAACAUCAAUUACAUCGACAGCAGCGAUGAUGAUGACGCCGAGCUGGAUGAAAUUCUGGGGCCGCGACUAGCUGCACUGCGAGCAGCAGCGGCAUCAGCGAAAGCGGCAGCUACAAAGUCUACAUCUACAUCAGCAAUAGCAGCAGCUAAAACAGCAGCGGCCGCUAAAUCUUCAACUGGAGCAGCAUUUAAGGCGGCGCAACAAAAGCAGCAAUCAACAACAGCAGCAGCAGUAGCAGCUAUAAAAACCAAGAUGCCGAUAAUAGCAGUCUACAAUGCAGAACCAAAAGCAAUUACGGCUGUCGGAGCAAAUAUAGUUAACGUCAGUCCAACCCAAACAGAUGAUGGUAAAUGGCAAGGUGCCGAUGAUAUCGGUUUCACCAACGUCAACCAGGUAUUUGAUGAAAACCCAUUGAGAAAAAUAGUGUGA